CACGCUCUCAACCCGGAAUCCAGUGAGUUCAACAGUUUGACCUGCCGAAUCCCAUGGUCCGACCUGCUCCUCCUCGCUGGAAGACGCUUCGAGGUGUCCUUCUUGGGGCAGUCAUUUGUCAGCGGCUGCUUCAUUCCUCCACCUUUUUGGAAGGAGCUCCAUCAGCUGAGACGUCCUUCAACACACCCGUGCAUCGUCGCCAUUUGCCCGCGAUCCUUGCGGUCCUUGGAGCGAGGCCAGCGGACGCACUGAGCAAGGAUGAGCAGCUGGUGACGUCACUCUUCGAGCGAGUCACCCCUGGAGUGGUGUCCAUCGCCAAGGAGGCACCACCGCCGGGGGAUUCGACUGGAGCCAAACCGUCCGCUGGACUUGCUGGAAGUGGAUUUGUUUGGGACAACCGGCAUGUUGUGACCAAUUACAAUGUCAUCAAUGAGAUGCAAACGCCAUAUGUCACGUUCCUGCUGAACGACAAGUCAGGCAACAAGCGCCUCACCUUCUUGGCCCAGGUGGUGGGUUACGACACCUCAAGCAAUGUCGCAGUCUUGGAGGUGCAAAACCAGGAUAACUCCAGCCUGCCCAAAGGUCUGAUGCAACCACUUGAGCGUGGUCAUUCUGACAAGCUCAUGGUCGGUCAAAACGUCUUCGCUUUUGGCAAUCCAUUCGGUUUGGAGCACAGCCUCAGCCGGGGCAUCAUCAGUGGUGUGUCGCGAAAGAUGGAGGGCAGCGGUGGAAGGCCAAUCAGUGGAGUGAUCCAAACAGAUGCCAGCAUCAAUCCUGGAAACAGUGGUGGGCCAUUGCUCAACAGUGAUGGCGAGGUCAUUGGCGUGAACACUGCCAUUCUCUCGGGAAGUGGGAUGUUUGCUGGAGUCGGACUUGCUGUGCCGAUCGACACCGUGUCCAAAAAUGUGGAAAGCAUCAUCUCCAAAGGCUUUGUGAAGCGGCCGCUGCUGGGGUUGAUCUUUGCGCCCGAUGUCAUGGACCAAGAGCUUCAACUGAAUGGCAUCAUGGUCAUGAAGGUCAUCCCUGGUGGCCCAGCGGAAAAUGCUGGAGUGCGGCCAAUGCGUGGCGGACGCUUGGGAGAUGUGGUCGUUGCCAUGGAUGGCCAGAAUAUCUCCUCCACGGACGACCUCUUUGGGCUGCUGGAGUCCCGCGCUUCUUGGCCUCGGACAGUCCCACGGCAGACUCGAAGACGCCGCUUAGACGUGCGGAGAGUUCGGAGAAAGCAGGAGUCUAAGGAGAAACGACAUAAUUAGAAACACCGAGGCUCCGGGGGACACCGUGAAGCUGAAGCUUCAGCGGCCCAAUGCUGAUUUGGACAGUGAUGAGUUGCAAGAAAUUGAAGUUCCCAUCAAGUUGGGCCAGGCCACAGACAAGUGACGCGAAGACAUCCGGUCUUCCACGAGAAGGACCGUGAUGCAGGUGACC